UCCGAGCGCCCGAUUCCGGCCGCAGCGCGCCCGGCCCCAGUCCCCGCAGCGCCCAGGGGUCCCCGCAGCGCCCGGCCAGGGGUUCCCGCCGCGCCCAGGGAUCCCCGCAACAUGGCCUGGAACACCAACAUGCGCUGGCGGCUGCCGCUCACCUGCCUGCUGCUACAGGUAGCCAUGGUGGUCCUCUUUGGCGUGUUCGUGCGCUACAGCCCCGAGGCCGACGCCCAUUGGAUCGAGGGGAAGGAGCCGGGGAACCGGUCCAGCGACCUGGAGAACGAAUUCUACUAUCGCUAUCCCAGCUUCCAGGACGUGCACGUGAUGAUCUUCGUGGGCUUCGGCUUCCUCAUGACCUUCCUGCAGCGCUAUGGCUACAGCUCCGUGGGCUUCAACUUCCUGCUGGCGGCCUUCGGCAUCCAGUGGGCGCUGCUGAUGCAGGGCUGGUUUCACUCCUUCCACGACGGCUACAUUCUCGUGGGCGUGGAGAACCUCAUCAACGCCGACUUCUGCGUGGGCUCUGUCUGCGUGGCCUUCGGGGCAAUCCUGGGCAAAGUCAGCCCUGUCCAGCUGCUCAUCAUGACUCUCUUCCAAGUGACCCUGUUCUCAGUGAAUGAGUUCAUCCUCCUCAGCCUGCUCAAUGUGAAGGACGCAGGGGGCUCCAUGACCAUCCACACAUUCGGCGCCUACUUUGGGCUCACAGUGACCUGGGUCCUCUACCGGCCCAACCUGUACCAGAGCAAGGCCAGACAGAGCGCCGUGUACCACUCGGACCUCUUUGCCAUGAUCGGCACCCUCUUCCUCUGGAUGUACUGGCCCAGCUUCAACUCGGCUGUGUCCAACCACGGAGACGCCCAGCACCGAGCCGCCAUCAACACCUACUGCUCGUUGGCAGCCUGCGUGCUGACCGCGGUGGCGCUGUCCAGCGCCCUGCACAAGAAGGGCAAGCUGGACAUGGUGCACAUCCAGAACGCCACGCUGGCCGGAGGGGUGGCCGUGGGCACCGCCGCCGAGAUGAUGCUCAUGCCUUACGGCUCCCUCAUUGUCGGCUUCAUCUGCGGCAUCGUCUCCACGCUGGGCUUUGUGUACCUGACGCCAUUCCUGGAGUCCCGCCUACGGAUCCAGGACACAUGUGGCAUCCACAACCUGCAUGGCAUGCCCGGCGUCAUAGGCGGCAUCGUGGGUGCUGUGACUGCGGCCUGUGCCAACAGUCAAGUUUAUGGACAGGAAGGGCUUGCCCACGCCUUUAACCUUGACGGUUUCAAGACUGAAUGGUCCGCGAGCCUGCAGGGCAGUUUCCAGGCCGCAGGCAUCUUCGUGUCCCUGGCCAUGGCCCUGGUGGGCGGCCUCAUUGUGGGAGGCAUUUUGAAAUUUCCCAUCUGGGGCCAAGCUUCUGAUGAGAACUGCUUUGAGGAUGCGAUCUACUGGGAGGUGCCCGAGGAGCCCAAGAAUGCUGCCUCCCAUCAUGAGGACUCUACCCUCAAGGCACCAGAACCCUGAGCUCCCAGGGCAGGUGAGAAGCAGGUAAGGGGAGCGUGGCUUGU